AUGGGUGACUGGAGCUUUCUGGGUAAUAUUUUAGAGGAAGUUAACGAGCACUCUACGGUGAUCGGCCGGGUGUGGCUCACGGUGCUCUUCAUCUUCCGCAUCCUCAUCCUGGGCACGGCGGCAGAGUUCGUGUGGGGCGACGAGCAGUCUGACUAUGUCUGCAACACACAGCAGCCCGGAUGUGAGAACGUGUGCUACGACGAGGCCUUCCCCAUCUCCCACAUCCGCCUGUGGGUGCUGCAGAUCAUCUUUGUGUCCACGCCGUCUCUGGUGUACGUAGGCCACGCCGUGCACCAUGUCCACAUGGAGGAGAAACGCAAGGAGCGUGAGGAGGCAGAACUUAGCCGGCAGCAGGAGCUGAGCGAGGAGCGUCUCCCUCUGGCACCCGACCAGGGAAGUGUCCGCACCACUAAGGAGACCAGCACAAAGGGAAGCAAGAAGUUCCGGCUGGAGGGCACCCUGCUGAGGACCUACAUCUGCCACAUCAUCUUCAAGACACUGUUUGAGGUGGGCUUCGUGGUGGGCCAGUACUUCCUGUACGGCUUCCGCAUCCUGCCGCUGUACAAAUGCAGCCGCUGGCCUUGCCCCAACACGGUGGACUGCUUUGUGUCUCGCCCCACCGAGAAGACCGUCUUCAUCAUCUUCAUGUUGGCUGUGGCCUGUGUCUCGCUCUUCCUCAACUUUGUGGAGAUCAGUCACCUGGGCCUGAAGAAGAUUCGCUUUGUCUUUCGCAAGCCAGCCCCAGCCCCGGCCCAAGGCGAGGGCUCGGCCCCUCUGCCGCCACAGGGGAAGAGCCUGCCCUCCCUGGCUGUGCCCUCCCUGCAGAGAGCGAAAGGCUACAGGCUGCUGGAGGAGGAGAAAGCUCCCCCCAUAACUCACCUCUACCCGCUGGCUGAGGUGGGCAUGGAGGCUGGCAGGGGGGCUCCACCCUUCCAGGGGCUGGAGGAGAAGGCGGAGGAGGUGCUACCCAUGGAGGACAUCUCUAAGGUGUAUGACGAGACUCUGCCCUCCUACGCCCAGACCACUGAGACAGGGGGGGUGACAUUACACGAGGAGGAGGAGGAGGAGGCCGAGAAGGUGCAGCCAGCAGAGGCGGAACCAGAGAAGGUGGCGGUGGAGGCGGUUGUGGAUGAGGAUGUGGAGGUAGAGGAGGCGGUGAACGGGGAGGGGGUAACUCCAGCGGAGGCAGGGAUGGAGGCCACGGAUACGAUAGAAGACACCAGACCGCUGAGCCGACUGAGCAAAGCCAGCAGCAGGGCCAGGUCAGACGAUCUCACCGUAUGA